AUCCGCGUUUUGACAUGUAUUUACGUUGUUACUAAUGGUCAAGUGCGACUCACGCUGGCUUUUUCGAGAGUGGUGAAGACGCCGGUAGCCUCUAUCACGUAUUUGACCCCUAAUUCGUCCCAGCCAAUUUUAGCGGGGUCCUUUUCUUGCGAGGUAGAUAUUUUCCGCUCUCCAUUACGAUUAAGUUUCGCGUCUUCGCAGUUGGUAGACACGUGAAGAUCGGCGUUCGACUGUUCUGCCGACAAGAAGCUGUUCCGGCAAAGAUAAUAAAUUUCUAAACAGAUUCACGUCCGUGCGGUUCGGCAAACAGACAAUAAGUGAGUCGGCUGAGAAUCUUUUUUUUCUCGUGUUUGAGUGAUAAACGUUCGUUCAAAGUGGAGGCAGCGAGGAAAGAAGAGUUCCCAGCAACACGUGUGAGCACUCGCAACGCUAACGUCAUGACGUCGCAGGAGGCGGUAGAAAAAAUGAUCAAAUCUUGUAUUGUCUCACGCAAGGGCGGCGUACCUUUUCGUGAAAUCGAGGGUGAUUACAGAGACUUAGUAGGCGAAAGUAUACCCUAUGCCCAACUGGGGUACACAAGCCUUCACAGUUUUGUUAGAAGCAUCCAAUUCGUUGACGUAAGAACUAAUCAUUUCGGUGACUCGGUGCUUUUCGUGUCUGAUCCAAAAGUUGCCCAUAUCGACAGUCUUGUGAGAAAGCAGAAAAAUCCAUCUCACCAAAGAAAGAGAUAUCGAAGAUCGAAAAAAGCUGUACCAACUACUCCCCGGGCGGAAAGGUUUACCAGAAAUACAAAGAUGGCGUAUACUAAGUCAAAAUGGUACACUUCCUCCACUCAAUCAAAAAAAAACAACUGGGCACAAAAAAAUAACGAACGUAGAGACAUGGAUCGAUUUAAUAAAUAUAACGCAGGACGUCCAGGAAUCCAAAAUUGUAGCACUAGCCCAAAGUACCACACCUUCAACGAUUAUUCUUGGAGCACAAAAACCCCGGCGUCAUUAAGUAGCACGGAUGGAAACAUGUAUAACUUCAACUCGGAAGAUGAAAAAAGAUACGCAGAGGGCUACCGAAACUGGCAGUUCAACAUUCGCGUCGCCGACAAGAAAGAACCAGAGGAAAUUCUAUUAGAACCGCUUAUUCAUGGUCAACAAUUGAUUGGUGACGAUUUUUUUCUACAACUGGCAAUAAAAAAUUUCGGAGCACCACCAUGGAAGCCAGAAGUCGGAGGCGGGAUUGAGUGCGGAUUAUGUAUUUCCGGUCAAACCAUCAACGACUGUCGUCGGAGACUCGAGAAAACGCAGUUCUUAUCCAGCAAGAUUACGAUUAUGCUCGGUGCUGUGGACGUAUUCCGAGGCCACAGCCUAGAAAUAAUGGUUCUGAAUAUGAAGAGACUAUUAGAUCUGUGCAGGGACAGGUUUAAUUUGACUGAGGUUACGCUCUGCACUAUUCCACCAUUGGCCAAUUAUUCCGUAAGAUGUAACCUGAGCAAGUUAUCCGUGCUCUACUCAUUCAACAACUGGAUCAAAUUGCACAGCCAUUACAGUCCCGAUGACUCGUACAUUCGUCAUUAUAACGUGAUCGAUGUCUUCUCCAAAUUUACCGACGGAAAUUACCGCACCCUUUACGACUACUUUCAAAUAGACGCGAGAAUGGUAUCCGGAUGUCGGUAUCCUCAUGUUUUAUGGAAUACAAAAGGACGCCGCCUGGCGAUCUCAAUGCUUGAGAAGCAGUGAGUUCAUGUGCCUUUAUACUACGUGUGGCUUUCCGGGCUGCAGAGUCGUUUCUACAUCCGACGUCUUGGACUUUAGUGAAGUUUCGACAUUUUAAUAUCCAUUUUUAUACUCAUAGAAGUAUUUAUACAUUCAUCACGUGUUGGCGAGUCACAGGGAGAGAAAGUUUUCGACCGCUUUAUAUCAUGAUCAUUGUUAUUUUCAAGUGGUUUGAUUAAAGCUUGUUAUUGUAAAGGAGUAUUUACUCCAACAGGAAGAUCAAAUUUUUUGCCGCAAAAUCUUAUUACCUCUCACCUGAGGAGCUGCUGUGUCCAUAUGCAUGGAGGGAGAAAUUAAAAAUUUGCUUUACAUUUCUUUUGUCUUUGUACAUUCUGAUAGUACUAAGCCAAAAGUUAUAAAAAUUUAUUUUUAUCGUCCGCACAAGUUCGUCCCCGGAUAUCAAGUUUAUGAAGUUGAUUAACUUUGUUGAAAGCUGCUAAUCAGUUUCAUACUUUUCUCAUCCAGAAGUUUCAAUAAGCUGUACCAAAUAAUACAAGUUCAUUGAAAACGUUUUUCCCCCGUACAUAGGCAUCAUGUAUGUAUCUCCAUGUGGAAGGCAGCACGGUUUUGUGGUAAAUAUUCCAUCUACAUGGUAAUGUUAACUGUGACAUUACUAACAUUCAUAGUGAAUUCAUAGUAAACCGAACCCAACUUUGAAAAUCAGUAGCUCACAAUAAAUCAUGGGUGUAACAGUGAAAAAACUGACGUAACCAUUUCGGAAUAACGUUAUGAUUAUGAAAAGAAAACUUUGCUUGCCUGUAACUUCCGACAUUUCGCAGCACAAAACAAAACAUGCUCAUAAAUUUUUUACUCAUUUUUUAUUCUGCAAAAUCAAAGAAACAUUGCGGCUGUGAUAGACGGGAAGUCAAAUUUAUUAACGAGAAUAAUUUUAAUUUUAAUUGAAAAAUAUGCGUUAGUGUGUAAUAUUUAUUUACGCUAUUUAUCCAAAUAUUGAUAUCUGAUCAUUUAUCAUCUACAUAAAAUAAGUAUUUCUGCAGCGUACGCGGCAUCGAUAUAGAUGCGAUUAGUUGGUGCUGUGCAUCAAUCUAUUAUAUAAAAUACGAUUACAUACCCAACGAUUGGUUGUAUACAGCGGUCGUGAAAUUAAGAAAUUAUAGCACGUAGGUAUACUAUGUCUAAUAUGAAUCUGUAAAUCCAUUCGUGUAAAUAGCUUGUAAGUAUCGCUAUUAAAGCAGUCGGUGUAAAUUAAUCAAUAACACUUUUAUUUUUCUUUUACUUAAUUUCUUAUAUUUUCUCAUUCGCCUAAUGCACAACGGAUUACAAUCAUUCGUAACAGAUUCUCAAAUA